CCACGCCCAGUGGGAGGGGUUAGAGGAACAAGGGGCGAGUUUCUUAGAGACAAAAACUUGAGUUUCGAUUCCUGUUCCUGAUGUCAGUGAUGGCGACUGCAGACGUGAGAGACGAGCUGAGCUGCUCCAUCUGUCUGAUCCUUUAUACUGACCCUGUAACCCUGCCGUGUGGCCAUAACUUCUGUCAGGUCUGUAUUGGGACAACAUGGGACACCCAGGAGGGAUCUGGGGCUUAUUCCUGCCCUGAAUGCAGACAGGAGUAUCAGGAGCGCCCUGCCCUGCCCAGGAACAGAACUCUGGGGAACAUAGCAAAGCGACUCCUGACUAUUCACCCAGAACCUGAAUGUACUGAGAUCUUCUGCACCUACUGUGUCCUCUCUCCUGUACCUGCUGCUAAAUCCUGUCUCCUGUGUGAGGCUUCUCUGUGUGAUACCCACCUGAGGGGGCACAGCCAGUCACACAAGCACAUCUUAACUGCCCCCACACGUUCUUUUGGGGAGAGGAAAUGCCCCCAACAUGAUGAACCCCUCAAUUAUUACUGCCCCAAUGACUCCGUCUGUGUCUGUGAGUCCUGCUGUCGGAUUGGGGAGCACAGGGGCCACACGGUGGAGCUGCUGAGUGAGGCCUCUGAGAAGAAGAAAGAGAAAGUGAGAAAAGUUGUGGAGAAACUGAGGCCAGAGAGAGAAGAGACUGAGAGAGAAGCCCAGAGACUGCAGGAGCGCAGGAGAGAAGUGGCAGAAAAAUCAGCCGGUGAGACAGAGAGAGUCACUGCCCUGUUUAGAGACAUCAGGGAACAGCUGGAAGCCCUAGAGAAGAGACUCCUGAGUGACAUCUCCAGCCACAAAGAGAAGAUUUCUCUCCCACUCACUAAUCUGAUCCACCAACUGGAAAUAAAGAAGGACGAGCUGUCCAGGAAGAUCCGUCACAUUGAGGAGCUGUGCAACAUGGCAGAUCCACUCACUGUCCUACAGGAACGGGAAUCACAUGGAGCUGAAUUCUGUGGGGCAGAUAAUAAGGCCAUAGGGAGAGAUGAUAUGAAGGUCCCACCAGUAGAGGAUCUGGAUGUGACUCUGAUCUCAGAGAUAAUAAUUCAGAGCUUGGAAGGAAAAGUCAAUGAGAUAAAGAGAAGCUACUGCUCCCGGGAGAACCCGUUCCUGUAUCUGGAUGGUAACACGGCUCAUCGUCAGUUAAAGAUUUCAAAUAACAGUAAAACAGCAACAUACACCCCAAACAUCUUCAACGCUAAUCCUGAGACGUCACUGACAUUUCAGACUUAUGCCCAGGUAUUAAGCACCAUCAGUUUCCACUCGGGGAGACAUUACUGGGAUGUAGAUUGCAGUAAGUCGGGGUACUGGCGGGUAGGGGUGGCCUAUCCCAGUAUAGAGAGGGGGGGAAAAAACUCCUAUAUUGGGGAUAAUAACAAGUCCUGGGCUCUGCAUAAACGGGACAACUUGGUUUCAGUGAAACAUGACAAAAACAUAAUUCCUAUUAAUUCCGUUUGUUACAAAAUCCGAGUGUAUCUGGACUAUGAGGCCGGACGUCUGCACUUCUAUCAGCUGAAUGAGCCAAUCAGACACUUACACACCUUCACUGUCACAUUCACUGAGCCCCUCCAUGCUGCAUUCUGGGUAAGGGAGGGCAGUGUGACCAUUACUGAAUAGAGAAAGUAAUUAUGGCCCCUUGGAUGGGAUCCUUGGGCUCUAUAGACCUUCCCCCCAUAUGUUAGUAGAUAUAUUUUAUGUAAUAGGUGGAAGUGUGAAGAUAAACUAAGUCCAUUAGUACCAGUAGAUACUACUGAGGGGGCUCCAAGGGGUUGACAGUGUAAGUCAGGUAGUGCAAAGACCCUGGACAGAAGAGCAGUGAGGGGCACAAGAGCAUUACUACUACAUUUUACAUAUUACUACACUUCUUCUGUUGAGGGUCUGGGCUACUCCGCAGCUCACACUGGCUACCUCAUGCACAGGGUCAGGGCACAAGCCAACCUUAGGGAACGUUGCAUGUUGUGCUGCUGCACUUGGUCUUUUUAUAGUUCUCAGAUACAGGUUUUUAUUGUGCAGCUUCCAGGAUAUUAGAGGGCAGGUUUCAGUUCAGUCAUUAUAGGGAUUCAUGUUAAUCCUGUCUCUAUAAGUUUAUUCCUAUGUGUUUAACAUGAGCAGAAUUGCUAUGUUAUCUCAUUUAAUAACCUUAUUAUCACAAACCAUAUCCUUUUUGUCACCCAUAAUAACCUUGGUGUCAGAUAUAAUAACCAUAUUAUUACAUACAAUAACCUUGGUAUCUUAUAUAAUAACUUUAUUAUGUCUUCCAUAAUAGCCUUACACACACUGGCCUUGGUAUCUCAUAAAAUAUUCAGAUUAUCACACCUGGUGACCUUGGUAUCUCAUACAAUAUUCUUAUUAUCACACCCUGGGACCUUGGUAUUUCAUUUGAUAUUCUUAUUAUCACACCCUGCGAUGUUGGUAUCUCAUAUAAUAUUCUUAUCACACCCGGUGACCUUGGUAUCUCAUGUAAUAUUCUUAUUAUCACACAUGGUGACCUUGGUAUCUCAUAUAAUAUUCUUAUCACACCCGGUGACCUUGGUAUCUCAUGUAAUAUUCUUAUUAUCACACAUGGUGACCUUGGUAUCUCAUAUAAUAUUCUUAUCACACCCGGUGACCUUGGUAUCUCAUAUAAUAUUCUUAUCACACCCAUUGACCUUGGUAUCUCAUGUAAUAUUCUUAUUAUCACACAUGGUGACCUUGGUAUCUCAUAUAAUAUUCUUAUUAACACACCCGGUGACCUUGGUAUCUCAUAUAAUAUUCUUAUUAUCACACCCAGUGACCUUGGUAUCUCAUAUAAUGACCUUGGUAUAUUUCAUCAGUGUAUUAUUUGGUGAUCUCUGCAAUAAAGAUUUAUUCUGUGGCAAAAAA